AUGGCAUCCAAGGAGCUUGUCAGCCUUGCAAAGGGGCUUCCUUCUCAACUGAAGCGCUUCUUUGCUAGGUACCCACCUGCUGCGAUACUUCCGCCGACAGUAGAGGGCGCCGAAGCCUCAAAAACGUCCUACCAGCUCUCGCGACCCGACCCAUUCAAAUUCUGGAAGCACCCUGUGACGGGCAAAUGGCACGAUCCGGUCUACUCCUUGCGGCGGCAGGCGGAGCUCGUCAAGAUGGCGCGGGAAAAUGGAGUUGAGGAACUUCUUCCCGAGACCUCCAAGGGCACAGAAACGAAGCUCGCGAAGAGGGUGGAAUUCGGUCUUCGGGUCAAGGGUACUGGUGUUGGACAGAGGGUCAAGGGUCACUCCCACGAACGACACAUGUUAACUAAGAUGCAGAAGAGGAGAGACGCGAUGUUGGAGAUGCCCAAGCUUGUGCGGGAAUGGAAACGGGUUGGCGCGCGAAAUUGGAAAAAGUUCCCCAAAUAA